AUGACGGGAAUGCUAAUCCUGAUCAGCAUUUUCCUUAUCGCGCUCACAAUACUGCUAAGAGCCCUGCAGGAUAAAAGUGGAAAUACCAAACCGAUCCAAAGAGACAAUGACAAAGUUAAGGGCAAAAGUAAAGAAGCCCCUAAACAGAAAAAACAAACAGGCAGUGAUACUGCCAAAAGUGUUGCUACCCCCCCCAAAAGUGUAGCUAGUAGCACUCCCCAUGUCAUGUUUGAUAAAAAUGUUGUUGCCCUCAAGGGCUUUGCGUUGUCACUGGGAGUUAGUCUGAGCUGGCCGCCCCGUCACUCUACCAUGGUUUAUUUCAGCCCCGAUUUGCUUCAGCCCCGAUUUGUUUCAGCCCCGAUUUGUUUCAGUGCCGAUUUAUUUCAACCCGGCUUCGUUUCCACCUCGAUUUACUGCUCCCCCCCCGUAGGAACCACCGCCAUCAGCUGCAACAACGGCAACUUGCAAUUCCACAAGAUCGGCAAAGAUGGCUCGAACAAAAUCACCCUGAGCAAAAAGCUAGACGAGGUCUACAGCUGCAUAGCCAUAAACGAAGAGGCAACACAUUUGGCAGCGGUGAGCGAACUAUACUCAACGUUAAGAAUUUUUAAAAUAGGAAAAGUGGAACAAAGUAUCAAAAGCAUUUCUCUAUUACUGGAAGGGAAAAAGGAACUGCACAAGAAAGACGUGAAAUUUCUGUACAUUCAUAAAAACUCUUUUAUAAUUACGGGAUCGGAGUUAGAUGAGACGGAGGUAAAGAUCUGGGACAUGAAGGGGGACCUUUUAAAAGUCGUGAGCAUCAAACAGGUUUAUAAUUACGACUAUGCUGUUUCGAAGAUGGCUAGAUUCUUCGGAGUCGCUUGCUGGUCCCCGGACAUCAAAAUCUUUGAGAUAAAGCAAAAGGAAAACAAUUUUCACAGCAUCGACAAGGUCAUGGAUUUAAAAACCAGCUCGGGCACCAAGUGCGUGUGCUUCAGCGACGACGAGGAAAAGGCAUUCUUAAUUGACAAAAAUGGAAUUCUUGCUGCGUACAAUUUGAACGUGCGCUAUAAGCUCCAAGAGGAGUCCAAAAUUUUGUACAAAAAGGAUUUGAAGGAAUACCACUUGGAAGAUUUUUCCAGAAUGUGCCUAUCGGGUGACUCCAACCACAUCAUCGCAACUUCUGGGUGCAAUGUGUUAAUUCUGAAGCAGGAGGAUUUACAGAAUGAUGGCACUGUAAAGCUAUGGGAUACCUCCAAAAAAUAAAUGUUGCCCGCAGUGGCCUGUUUAAACGCAUUUUUUUUUGUGUGGUUCAUUUUUACCUUGUGGAAAAAUAGACUGAGCUAUAAUACAAGCGAAAGACAAAAUGGUCCUGUCGAAAUUGGAGUGGUCCUGGGCUCCGGAGGUCACACAUUCGAGAUGUUACAGAUAUUGAAGCUCAUCAAAGAUGGCAACAUAAGUUUUCACUUUUUUUACGCAAAUAAUGACCCAUUAAGUAGGGAAAAGGCAGAAAAUGCUUUAAAGGAAUACAAAAAGGAUUUCUUUGCAAUUCCAAGAUGCCGAAAUAAAAGGUACAAAAAGGCCAAGUAUUAUGGCUACUUGUUCUGA